UUAGAUGUGUAUAGGGUGGAAAUUUAUUAAGGAUUUAAUUUAAUAAAAUUAAGGAAUUUCUGGGAAACAUCAUUGAAACAUCAAAAAUGGUUUUCUACUUUACUAGUGAUGUAGUAUCUCCGCCUGUAACCUUAUUCAUGGGUGCUGAUAAACAUGAAAACGAAGAUUUAAUCAAAUGGGGUUGGCCUGAGGAUGUGUGGUUCCAUGUCGAUAAAGUAUCAUCUGCUCAUGUUUACCUUCGUUUAGAGCCUGGUCAAACAAUAGAUGAUAUACCCAAUUCAGUUCUUGAUGAUGCUUGUCAGUUAGUAAAGGCCAACUCUAUAAUGGGAAAUAAGAUGAAUGAUAUAGAUAUUGUCUACACAAUGUGGUCAAAUUUAAAAAAGACUGCUGCUAUGGAGGCUGGCCAAGUUGCAUUCCACAAAGAUAAAGAUGUAAGAAAAGUCAGAGUGGCCAAAAGACAUAACGAAAUUGUAAAUAGACUUAACAAAACAAAGAAGGAAGCUUUUCCAGACCUGAGACAAGAGCGGGAAGAAAGGGAUAGAUCUGAGAGAGAAGAUAAAAAGAAACUGCUAAGAGAAAAGAAAGAAAAAGAAAAGGAGGAGGAGAAAAAGAAAAAGGAUGAAGCAGAACUUAGAAGCUACUCAACUCUUAUGAAACCAGAAAACAUGAGCACUAAUUAUGAUGGCAAUGACUCUGAUGAUUUCAUGUGAUGAAGAAAAUAAACCAUUGAAUUU